AUGUCGUCCAAGGCAGGCGGCGCGAGAGUGGCACUGGUGACUGGCGCGUCGGGCAUCACCGGCAGGCAUUGCGUCCAUGCUUGCCUGAAACGCAACGAGGAGUGGCGUGUGAUCACGCUGGCACGGCGCGACCUGCAGCUGGGCGGCGAGGGCGCGACAGACCAGGUGCAGCAGGUGAAGGCCGACCUGCUGGACAAGGGGGCCGUGGAGGCGGCGCUGCGGCAGGCGGGUGCAGAGAGCGUGACGCACGUUUUCCACUGCGCAUACCUCAUGAAGAAGGCGCCAAAGGAAGAGUGCGAGGUCAAUCUAUCCAUGCUGAAGAAUGUGGUGGAGGCCGCAGAGGCGGCUGGCGCACACCUGCAGCACGUCUUCUGCAUGGAGGGCGGCAAGUGGUACGGCCAGCACUUGAGCACGCCACUCAAGACGCCGCAUCGGGAGGAUGAUCCUCCCAUCAUGCCUCCCAUGUUUUACUUUGACCUACAGGCAUUGUACCUGGAGCAGCGGGUGGAGCAAGGCGCACCCUGGACCUGGUCUGCGCUGCGCCCCAACCCGGUGUGCGGGUUCAGCACCGGCUCCUUCAUGAACCUCUCCACCUCGCUGGCCAUGUACGCCAGCAUCUGCAAGGAGAUGGGCCUGCCGUUGAGGUUUCCGGGCACCGUGGAUGCCUGGGACUCGCUCGUUGAUGUGACCGAUGCGGAUCUGCUGGCGGAGGGCAUGCUGCACUGCGCCACCACCCCUGCCUGUGCCAACCAGGCUUUCAACAUCUGCAACGGGGACUGCUUUCGCUGGAAGGAUAUGUGGCCGCGGUUUGCAGAGUUCUUCGAGAUGGGCACUGCGCCCCCAGUCCACACCCCUCUGCAGGUGAUGGCGGACAAGGGCGAGGUGUGGGCCGCGCUGGUCAAGAAGCACGGGCUGCAGGACACGCCGUACAACCAGCUGGCGACCUGGCAGUUUGUCGACUUCGUGUUCACCUAUCCUGCCUCCUGGUUCUCUACUGUGAACAAGCUGAGGCGCACCGGCUUCCACGCCAUGUGCAUCGACAGCGACGCCAUGUUUGCCUCGCUCUUCCAGCGCCUGCGCGAGGAGAAAGUCAUCCCGUAA